AUGGCUAUGAAACCCGUUGGGAUGCUCAGUAAGGGUGUAAUUAACCGCAUGUCGAAGUUGAAUUUUGCAUCAAAGGCGGCGGCAGCAGCAGCAGCUACACCUGAGACCACACCUGAACAGCCAAAAUGUAAUUAUAAAUACGUUGGAAUGCCUGCCGAAAGUGAUGGAUCAUUUGCUGGAGAUCUGAAUUUUGGCUUACACACCGUGUUCUUUACUGAACUUUUCAGAGGUUUUUUGUCUUGUCUUUUCUCUUUUCUUCUUUUAUUUAAUUUUUUCAAAGUCAAAGUCAAGUGGUAAU